GGUGACAGCAACAAACAGCAGCGGAAACAUCUUCCUAAAUCAAAGCAGCAGAUCUAUGUGUAUCACUACUUGAUUGGACAUGGCAGCGGGAGACGUCUGAUAACAGGGAAUCCAUACUCCCAGCUGUUUCAGCGUGCGGUUAUCAGAGAAAUAUCUAAACUCAGAUGGGUCAGGCACUGUGGAGGCUCCCGCCCAGACACCAGCAGCACCUCCAGGACAAGCUAGACGAGCAGAUGAACGACGAGGGGGGAGGAGCAGCAGGCAGACGAGAACUAGGGGGAGACGGCGGUGCCCAGAAAAGAGGCCCCCAAAAUUGCUAUGGCCCUGACAUCUAUCACCUGCUAAAAACCCGUAGGGGAGGUAAAGAACAGCAUGGUUUUAUAGAUUUGGAGAUGCUGCCACCAGAGUUAGGUGUUGCUAUACUGUCAUACCUGAAUGCUACUGACCUGUGCUUGGCUGGCUGUGUGUGGCAGGACCUGGGGAACGACGAAUACCUGUGGCAGGGGCUGUGUAAAUCCACAUGGGGACAUUGCUCCAUCUAUAACAAAAGACUCCCUGCUGGUUUCUCAUAUCGAAGGCUGUACCUACAACUAGAUGAAGGCAGUUUGACAUUCAAUGCUAACCCGCAAGAGGGUAUCAGUUAUUUUAUGUCAAAAGGUAUACUGGUGGAUCAUCCUACAGAGCUGGCUAAGUUCAUUUUCUACACUCGACGACUUAAUUGGAAGAUGCUACGGAUUUAUCUGGAUGAGAGGCGGGAUGUGUUGGACGAGUUGGUGACCCUUCAUAACUUCAGUAAUCAGUUCCUCCCCAAUGCUCUUAGAUAUUUUUUUAGACACAUUCAUGCACCUGAGGAAAGAGGAGAGUAUCUGGAAACGCUCAUUACCAAGUUCAGCCACAGGUUCUGUACCUGCAACCCUGGUCUUGUUCAAGACCUUGGCCUUAGCCCUGACGCCGUGUACGUCCUCUGCUACAGUCUCAUCCUGCUGUCCAUCGACCUCACCAGCCCACAUGUGAAGAACAAGAUGUCAAAGAGGGAGUUUAUCAGGAACACGCGGCGAGCAGCCCAUAACGUCUCGGAUGAUUUUGUGGGCCACCUCUACGAUAACAUAUACCUGAUAGGACACGUGGCCGCGUAGCUCCACCCGGCAGUUCUUCAUGCUGCACUGAAAAACACCACAUGUGAUGGGGCUCCUAUUUAUAUCCUCAAGGAUGGAACAUUGUGUAAAGGAAUUUUAACAAUUUUGAUAUUCUGCAAGGAAUAACUCGUAGGAAGUAAGACUUAAUCGAAAUGUUAUAACAAAUACAACUUUCCACUCCACUGUGAGAAAGGCUAUGCUACCAAAUAUCGGCUGCACAGCUUUAAUGAAAAGUGAAAAGUUGGAACUUUUGCUUGGAAAAAGAAAGUGGGAAAAGAUGUUUUGAAGGAGACGAGCUCUGACACGGCACUGACACAGCGGGAUAUGUGGAGGAGAAAUGAAGAAGAGUAAGUACACUGCCCUCAGUCUGCUGCAGAGGUGUUGACACUGACGGGCUGCUUGGUGAAGCUCCGCCCUCUACUGGUGGCAACAUAAGACUCUAAAACUAACUCUAGUCACUCUAAUGGCGCUUAUAUUCUAAUAAUGCAACAUUGGAGCAAAUAAGCUAAGCUUAACCACUUCAUCCAAUAGUAAGUGAAUUGGAUUUGGUGGCUUGCACUUUUCCUUUGACGGGACAUGAACAGAACUCUUUAGGCCUUAUGCCAGAACUUUUUAUAUUAUCUUGAAUGUUUUAUGUUUUUCUCCAUAAGUUGCUUUUAUUUGGUUUCACAAUGAACAUUUUUUUUCCAAAUAUUUGACAAUUGUCACGGUCACUAAAUUCCCACUUCAUGUGUCUAGAUUAAUCCCCCUCAAUCCCCGUCCACGGCCGAACACGACCGCUAUGUUUCAUGGAACUAUUGUAACAACUACUGGUUUCUAAGCGCCACUGUCUGCUAAAGUGCAACCGGAAAUACAAAAAUACAUAAUAAAACUGUACAAAUUCAAUUAGAUUCUUAAAUCCUAUACUAGAUAACGCAUUUGAAAGGAGAGUUAAAUACAUAUUUAGUCUUUUCAAUAAAUUAAAUUGUUGAAUCUGAACAGUUUCUGUUGAAGCUGAACAAAUGCAUGACCCUGGCAGUGACGGAUAUAAACUGUAUUCAAAUAUAUUAAAAGGAUUAAAAUAGUUGAAGUGUUGAGAAUGAUAGUGUGCUUUUAUUAGGGUGCAUGGAAUUGUUUUAAAAAUAAAAAUAAUAAAGAAUAAAGAAAAAGACAGCAAUUUGUAAUUUAUUUAUAUCAGUUGUCACACAUUUACCUAAAAGUAAUUCCAUUGUCUUACAAGUUCCUGCCAUGAAGUUGAAGCACAAUGUACUACAUUUAAUUAGAUGUGAUGACUGGAGCUAAUUUAAAACAAAUAAAUACAAAUUAAAGCUGCAAGCAGCGUGUCACAAACCAGAAAGCCCAAAUUUAAAGCCCAGAUUUUUUUUUAUUGGGAAAAGCAGGUUGAAGCGUCAAGAGCAGAGACCAUUUAUUUAAUAAAUAGCUUGGAGGACCUGGAAAUAAUUAAAAGAACAGAUGUAAACAGGAAACAUCAAAAUGGUGAGCUUUUCAAAGUUGUAGCGGCUAAGUUAGUUUUUCUUCCGGUAGUUUAACUUCCGGUCCCCCCCCUAUCCAAUCAGAACCUUCCCAACCCCCAGACCUGGAGAGGAAUUGGAGAAAGACCAUCAAACGUGUUUUCCAUGUAAAACUCAAUUCAGAAUUACUAUUUCCAUGUAAACUUGAAGGGAAAUAGUUUAAUUUGGAAUAAUUAAUUCCGAAUUAAAAAACAUCAUGUAACCGUGGCCAUUGUCAACUUAUUGAGUACUUCCUCACACUAUCUGCACAAACAAACAUCUACUUUCUUCCUUUCACUACAUGGGAGCACUGAGUACGAGCACUUAUGAGCGUAUAGAUCUGAUCAGAGCGGUGAUGAUACACAGGAAAUCUAAACUCUCUCGGACAGAACACGCUAGAGUCAGAGCAAGCCCAACUGCUGUGGCCAAUAAUCCAAAUUCACUGCAUUGCAGUCACCGCCUACGGAAGAGUAUUAGGGCGACGCAGGAGAAAAAUAAAAAUAAUAAUUUACAGGAGGAAAUCUUUUUUUUCAUGAUGCACUUCGAGAAAAAAGUCGAAAUGUCGAGAAAAAAGUCAAAAUGUCGAGAAAAAAGUCAAAAUGUCGAGAAAAAAGUCGAAAUACCGAGAGAAAAGUCAAUAUGUCGAGAAAAAGUCGAAAUGUCGAGAUUAAAGUUGAAGUACAAUUUCGAAAAAAAGGUUGAAAUGUCGAGAAAAAAGUCGAAAUAUCGAGAGAAAAGUUGAAGUAGAAUUUCGAGAAAAAUUUAGAAAUGUAUUUCAACUUUAUUCUUGAAAUGCCGACUUUUUUCACAAAAUUUCGACUUUAUUCUUGAAAUUGUAUUUCAACAUUAAUCUCGAGAUUUUGACUUUUUUCUCGACAUUUCGACUUUUUUCUCAAAGUGCACAAUAAAAAAAAAUCUUCCCCUCUCAGAUAUUUUUUCUCCUGCAUGGCCCUGAUACUCUUCCGUACACCGCCACAUGCAAUGCAGUCAUAAUCUUUUACAACAACGCGUUGUCGAGCUGUGAAUUAUCAGCUCAUGUUUCACAGAGCCAAGAGAGAAAAAUAUGUUGAAGCAGCAAAAAACUUCUUAUCAAUUAGCCACACUGUCCCAGCCAGGCCCCUAAACGUUAUUUCUGUAAGGCUUAUUCACACAUGGAGGUAGUUCCUUCCUCUCACCACACGGGGGUGCUGUGAGCAUGAACAUGGCUCAUAGCCAGACCUGGUAGAGUAGACAACAAUUGUACUCAAAUAAAGGUACUGUUACUUCAGAAUAAUAUGACUCAAGUAGAAGUAAAAAGUAGUCAUCCAAAUAAUUACUUGAGUAAAAGUAAAAAAGUACUUGGUGAAAAAACUACUCAAGUACUGAGUAACUGUUGAGUAACGUCUGAUUUAUUUUUUUAACAACCAUUCAAACAGACAAAAGUACAAAAUAAUCAUCAUCAGGCAAAUUAAAUCAAUAAAAUAAUAAAAUAAAUUAAAAUUACUAAAACAUAGCUUAAAUUAAAAUAAUGUUAAAUAAAAUAACAGAAUAAAAAAAUAAAUGAAGCACAAGUAGCACAAAAUGUCAAGCCUUUGUACUUUUCUUUUUUAACCAGGCAGAACUAGAACAAACAUGAACUCAUAGAAACUCUGUGUGUGUUUGAGUCUGUGUAAAUGUGACAAAACAUGCAAAAACAAACAUUUUUCCCAAAGAAUCACCCAGUGAUGUCAUGAGAUUGACGCGUACGUGGAUAAAAGGGACAAAAGAAAAGUAACAGCUCAACGUAGCCUAAUGUAGCGGAGUAAGAGCAACAGUUUCUUCUUCACAAAUCUACUCAAGUAAAAGUAAAAAGUAUAGUGAUUCAAAACUACUCCUAAAAGUACAACAUUUCCCAAAACUUACUCAAGUAAAUGUAACGGAGUUACUGCAAUCUCCUGUUGCAGGUGGCGCUAUAACUUUUCCUUAAUAUUACACAGCAGAUUUGUUCAGUUCCACAUUUAGUGCCAGCCAUGUGUUUUACAUUAUAGAGCCUUUUUGUGGUUGUAAACAAUGAUGACGUAGACCAGGGGUCGUCAACUAGAUUAGGCCGGGGCCACAUCUGCAAAAAGACUGUAUGGAGAGGGCCGCACUGACAAUUUGGGGGUUUUCAAAAUGUAUUUUGCACUCAGAGACGAAGAUUUAUGUACGGUAUAUGUAAUACAUUUGUGCAGGAAUGAGCAGGAGAAUAUAUCUGUCUAGUUUACAUAAUAAUUAUGUAUUAAUUGUCUUCAGAUUUAGUCAUUGUGAAUGUUAAAUAUAAUAUUCAGAUAAAGAAAUAUUAUUUUAAAUGCAAGUUCAUUUUGAAACCAUGCAUUGUGCAAACUUAAUAAAGUUGAUAUUGACCUACUUUUAAUAAAACACGCCAUAAUGACAAAGCACCACUUUCCACCAAGAUUUCCUUAUUUGAAUAUUAUAUUAAGCAUUGAGCACAAGCAUUUCAGUCCAUAGUAGCCAGUUUGAUGUUAUAAAUAAGCAACCAAAAUAUUAACCAUAAGCUCCUUUAUUUAUGACACUUCUGUGCAUUAUAUCAGCAAAACAAAACAAUCACAUGAAAUUAUAGGAGGUUUAGAAAUUCAUCUGAAAUGCAGAGUCCACAUUUAGAGAUUCAAAUGAAAAACAUUUCAGGCCAAUCCUAGAAGCCUAAUGAUGUAAACAAGUCCUCGUUACAACGGAGGUUAAUAACAAAUAAUGUGACAAACAUUAUCACUGUGCAACACUGGCAAAAAAUCUG